CCCACAUCGGCGCUUGUAAACAACUCUCGCUUCCUUCGCGAUUACCUACCCACCCCUCUAAGCCGCCUUGCCUCACUCCCGGUUUCACAUUCCUACAACCCUAGAUCUGUGCGCCCUUUGUCGGAGCUUAGCAACAAUCCCAGUCUGCGGUCUCAAACAGCAAACCCGCCCUUGUCCAGCCUUGUCCGCACUCAGGCCCGAGCUAGUCCUGCAUAGCAACAAGAACGGGAUACCGCAUCUGCGCCCCUCGAGGACCUUUCCGGCGCAGCGCAAUCCAGCAGGAACGAUUGCGGAACUUGAUCUCUAUGCAGGGGUCAAUUUAUUUUGAGACUUCGAGGUCCUAUAUACACCGCAGCAACCCCCGAGCGCAUCCCUCUCAACCGCCGCGUGCCCAUGGUGGUGCGGGUGCAGCGCUAUGAGCAAGCCCGCCUUCGUGCGAGUGUCGGGCCCGCCAAAUGGCAAUUUCUUGAUCGGAUAUCCUGGCAUCUCUGCCACAAUGCCACGCAUUGAAGGCAAAGUCGAGAUCAGGCCCAGCACUGGCAUUUCGCUCCCCGUCAGUGUAUCCCUCGUUACAAUAUCCCUUCAUCGUCGCGAGACCAUUCAUCCUUCGGCGGAUUCCGUGACCAAGAAGCACCUUGCGCCACCCAGGAAGGAGAUUACAGAUAUCGUGGGCAAGGAGAUGCUUCUUUUCCGCUGCCCGGCCGGCCGAGAGUCCGAAGAGGUCAUCUCUAUGGACUUGCCUUUCGUGCUCUUCAUUCCCUUUGGGCGGGGCGGAGCAGAUGCCUCGAGGCGCGUCCCUCCAGCCAGUCUCCAACUUCCCAGUCGCACAGCGGAGACAUAUUAUGAGAUUGUGGUGGCGGUUCAACAAGGGCCCUCGGAACAGCGGAAAUACUCGUUCCCCGUUCCAAUGGCACGGUACGAUACCCUAUCGACGUUCGGAAUGUACAAUCGCCCCGAGUCAGCCGAGAGAGUGUCGGACCAUUUGGUCACAUUGGGGAUAUCCCUUCCCCGGUGGUCUUAUGGGCCUUUGGAUCCGGUGAGCGUCUACGUGAAGCUCUCACCGAACCCGGAUUGGAUAAGUAAAGCCAGAAAAGUCACUAUAAACAAGAUUACGAUUGGAAUUGAUGAGGAAAUUAUAUACAACCAUGAGGGCGACGAGCCGCAACGCAAGGUCAAGACUUUGACCAAAAGGACAGAACCGAUCGGCGUCAAAUUACCCCCUUCUGGCUUUUUGACGAAUCUCGGCUUAGUAUUCCCAGCCAAGGAUAUGCGGGACUCUGAAGGGAUCCUCCCCAGAAGUAGACCGGGUUUUCCCACAUACGCCGUGAGCGGGUUUACCACAACCGGAAGCCUCUACAAGAUCGAGUACUAUUUGACUGUCAAGGCCCACUUGGCAUCUGCAAGGGAUAUUACCAUCCGACAGCCGAUAGUUGUUUGCCCGCUCGACCAUGCAGGAUGCAAAGAGGAAAUGGAGGCUAUAGAACAGGCAGCUCGGGACGCCGUUCAUGUGAACCCCGACAAUCCGAUGCUGCCUCUGCCCUCCAUUGUACGGCCUAACGACCCAAAUGCUCUCCGCCAUCUUGGGGUGGCCAUAGUAGGAGGCAAACACAAACCUUUGAUCGACUGAGCGAACCACAACGCGGGCACCUACCGUACACCGGCCCUAUUCAACAGAUCGAGCAUUCAGGUUAUCAACGGCCGUUCUUGAUCCAGUGCCGACUACAAAAUCACUUACGCCACCCCAAGUGGUCUAGGACAGCAUCUCACGACUUUUCCUUCUAAUUCUUCCUUCUCUUCGUUUCAGCAUGCCUGCAACUUCUGCACAGAGCAUGGACACGUAUUACGAAUGCAUGGGCGACGGAGUUCUUGUUGCAUAAAUUUCAUGGUCGCAGUGUGAAUUCAUUCGCAAUUGGCCAGGACAAAAUAGGGUGUUCAGGUUGACUUUGCUGCGCUUUGCCCGGGGUUGGUGGUAGAGAGGAAUUCGUCCUGCCUUGUUUCUCUCGCGUUCCCUCCCACAGUCUCAUAUAGUGGUGUAACCUCAAU